AUGGGUGAUGCUCUGGCAAAUCCGAAAAGUCACAGAGGAGCUGACGAGCAUGGCUGGACUGAAGUCAGGAUAAAAAAACCACCUGUGAAAGGCCCCUCUCAGAAUCACAUAACCUCCUUCUAUGUAUCUAACUUUCAUAGUCUCAUUAGCGUACACGACUCUAGAAACAUCUUCCUGAAGUUUGGGUCUAUAACAGACGUACACUACUCCAAUAUGAAGGAUUCUAGUGGAUCUACUUUCGCUUUUGUCAGAUACAAAGGAGCUAAAGACAGUAAAGAGUUUGAGAAAAUAUUAGACAGGAUCAAAUGUCGGGAUGCAAUGUUGAAAGUCAAUGUGGCGAGGUAG